GCUAUUAAAGCCAUAGUAACUCACUCUAUGGUUUGAUUUGAGCCUUGUGGUUCGCAACUCUCAACUAAAAUAAAUACGAAUAGCUUGCGGUUUUGUGUACGUAGUACUAGUAUUGAUAUUUAUUAUUUAGUAUAUAUUGGUAAUUGGUCUGUACAACUUGUGAGUUGUGGUACUGUGCAGUGUGCAGUUCUUCACUGAACAGUUAACGUAUUGCAGAUUUUUUUUUCGAAUUAGGUACAGUGGCUGUCGUUAUCUACAUCUUGUAUGACUGUCUAAGAUAUUAGACAUUUCAUUAAUAAAUCACAAUGUAAAAUUUUGAUUUGAAAAAUUAAUCAGUAAUUAGAAAUGUGUGUGUGAAAUCCAAUAUUUAUGUAUAUAUAAUAGGAGUAGGUAGUGAAAGUGUAAUUUUUUCGACUUAUAAUAACUCGUCUAUUUUUAAUUUCUUCCGGAUUAAUAUUUUAAUAUGGCAGAAGCCCAUUCAGCUGUAGCAUUUUCUUUUGCUAUUACCCAUGAUGGUUGGGAUGUUAACUUUGACCGUGAAGUUCUCUAUCUAGUAUGGGAGUCUGGCUUACGCUCCUGGAAGAAACGACUAGCUCGAUUCAGAAACAGCAUCCACAAUGGUGUUUAUCCAGGACACCUACAGUCAUUAUAUGUACUAUGGACACUGCUUGUGGCCGCACAUUUUGGUGGAUUUAAUAUUCCAUUUGAUCUAGUACAAAAAGCGUCCUCAGUCUUACCAGGGGAUUCUACAAUGUGGCAAGUAUUUGCUUGUCUAUUAGCAGCUCUUACAAUGUGGCUCACUGUUAUCUUUAUGAUGAGGUACAUCCUAAAGCUGCUUUUAAUGUACAAGGGAUGGAUGUACGAAUCCCGUGCCCCUGGCUCAAAAAUAUCUGUUAAGACAAUGAUCUGGGUGAGCGUAGUAAAAGUGCUGUCUGGAUGGAAUAAGCCACGCCUUUAUAGUUUUCAAGGAUCACUUCCACGGCUGCCUUUACCUUCUGUUCAAGAUACAAUGAAAAGGUAUCUACUAAGUGUACGGCCACUUCUCGAUGAUGAAAACUAUAAGAGAGUGGAGCUUCUUUCAAAGGAUUUCGAAGAAACAAUUGCUGUUAAACUUCAGAGAUAUUUAGUGCUGAAGUCCUGGUGGUCCAGCAACUAUGUGUCGGACUGGUGGGAGGAGUAUGUUUACCUACGAGGUCGAUCACCUCUCAUGGUCAACUCAAACUUCUAUGGAACUGAUACAUUAAUGCGUCCGACUUCCAUUCAGGCGGCCAGGGCUGGAACAAUUAUUCACUUCGUUCUUAAGUUCCGCAGGCUUAUUGAGAGACAAGAAUUGGAACCGAUAAUGCUCCAAAACAUGGUGCCAUUAUGUUCCUGGCAGUACGAACGACUAUUUAAUACAGUACGUGUCCCUGGGAUAGAGACAGAUAAAUUAGUUCACUAUCAGGACUCCGCACAUAUCACAAUUUACCACAAAGGGAAGUACUUCAAAGUUGUCGUCUAUUCAAGGGGUAGAUUGCUCAAUCCAGCAGAAAUUCAAAUUCAAAUCCAACAUAUAUUAGAGGAUAAAACGAAGCCAUGUAUCGGUGAAGAGCGAGUAGCAGCCUUAACCGCUGGUGAGCGUUCCCACUGGGCUCAUGUCCGACAGACACACUUCAAUCGUGGCCACAAUAGGACCUCUCUGCAUUGUAUUGAACGAGCUGCUUUUAAUGUUUGCUUAGAUGACAAGGACUAUGGAUUCAACGAAGACGAUCCGUCAACAUUGGAUGACUAUGGCCACACGUUACUACACGGAAAAGGUCAUGACCGAUGGUUUGACAAGUCCUUCAAUCUUUGCUUCAGUACUAGUGGAGCUGUCGGUUUCAAUACUGAGCAUACUUGGGCUGAUGCGCCGGUCAUGGGUCACCUUUGGGAGUACGUAAUUCUAACCGAGCUCACAUAUGGAUAUUUACAAGACGGUAACGCACGCGGUACAGUCGAGGCACCACCGCCUACCCCUACUCGCUUACAAUGGGAUCUUAAUAAUGAAGAAUUGCUUCAAAACAUCGAUGUAUCGUACAACGUUGCCCAAAAGUUACUCAAUGAUGUCGACCUAAAGAUACUACACUUCACUAAAUACGGAAAAGGUUUCAUGAAAGGCCUCCGUGUGUCCCCGGACGCCUUCAUACAAAUGGUGCUGCAAUUGGCCUAUUAUCGUGAUGCCGGCCAUUUUUGUUUAACGUACGAGGCAUCUAUGACUCGUCUGUUUCGUGAGGGUCGCACUGAAACAGUCAGGUCAUGUACUAUUGAGAGCUGCAAUUGGGUGAAAUCAAUGGAAGAUCCCAAGGCUUCGGUCACAGAACGGCUGGAGUUGUUCUUGGUAGCGAGUGAGAGACACAAAAUUGGAUGUCAGGAUGCGAUGACAGGCCACGGCAUCGACCGUCAUUUGUUCUGUCUGUACGUCGUCUCGAAGUACUUGGAAUUGGAGUCGCCGUUCCUGCAAGAAGUUUUCAACGAACCGUGGAGGCUGUCCACCAGUCAGACACCUUAUGGUCAAACAAGCCUUUUGGACCUAAAGAAGUACCCCAAGUGUGUAGGCGCAGGAGGUGGAUUCGGCCCUGUAGCUGAUGAUGGAUACGGCGUGUCCUACAUCAUUGUAGGCGAAGACAUGCUUUUCUUCCACGUUUCGAGCAAAAAAAGCUGCCCUGUUACGAGCUCCAGCAACUUCGUGAAACAAAUAGAGAGAUCUCUCGUCGAUGUCCAAGAAUUGUUCAACGAGUACAAGAAAAUAAAAAAUGUUAAGUAAUUUGUUCUAUAAUUGUAUUUUACGAUAAGGAAAGUUAACAAAAAUACUAGUUUAAUUCAGCUUGCUUAUAAUAUGCGCAACAUAUCAAUGCAAAUAUGCUUUAAUGUGACAUUGUUAUUGAUUGUGUCAUUCACACAUAAAAUUACGUGGAAUUGUAUAAAAUAUAUUUUUGAUACACAGAUACAAGUGUUACUGAAAGUUUUUACACACAGAUUAUAAAAGAACUGUAUAUGGGAAUUAAGAUACUGGCUAAUGCACAAACCGUGUUAGAGCCAAAAAAAAAAAUAUUGACCACACUCUAAGAAUAUUGCACCGGUGUGCAUUAUGUUUUUGGGGUCUUUUAGGGAUGUCCCACAUAAUUUAGAUCAAUUUUAUAUUUUUAGUAGAAAAUGGGUAUUGAGACCGUCCGAUUAAUUUCGCAUAAUAAUUUAUUUGUCAUGUAUAAACUUUGCUGUGAGGCAAAAAUAAUUAUGAAUUGUUUUAUUAUUUUAAGUAUAUCUAGUGGAUAUAUCAAGCACACAGACUUUGAUUCUCAAGAAAUUUUUUAUUUUAAUGGAAAUACUUGGCUCAAUUAAGAGUCGGGACUUAAAUGUUAUUAAUCAACUUCUUUCUAUUAUAUUUACAAAUUAAUUUGUUAUUUAUAAAUGUUUUUAUGUCGGUAAUAUCAAUACAUAUACAUGAAAAUGAAGACAAUCUGACUCUUAAUUACAGGUUAAAUACAAUUUGACGAGGAGAAAAUAAUAAUAGGGGAAUAUUGUAUAUGGAUAAUAAUAGCGAUAAGAUUAUGAAUUUGUAAUGGGUCUAUGUAACAUUAAUGAGCGUAUAAAUUUUUUGAAUCAAUUUUUCUCUGUAUUUGUAACGGUUUUUAAAAACAGGGUACCUUAUCUAUAGAGGUUGUAUACUAUCUUGAAAAUACAUUGACAACUUUUGUCAUCCAUGUUAAAAAAUAACGGUGUUAUUUAUAAAAUAUAAUGCAUUUCAGAAUAUAAAACGUAAGUAAUAUGAGAUAUGGGAUGCGUCGUAUGUCAUAGAUACUGCUGACACAAUAGAAUAUAAAUUGAUCUAGCCGUUUUAAAUUUUUCUUUUGCCUUUAAAUUUGGUUUCACUUGUACGAAAUUAGUUAUAAUGUGUAUUCAUCAGUUUUGGCUUAUAAAUCAUUUAUUGAAAUGCUGACAUCUAUUUUAUGAAUAAACCUAUAACAAUAUAUAAAAAUGUUGGCAUUAUUACAAGUUUAUAUUAUGGUGUAAGGUUAAGUAAAUGGUAAAGGUUUUAAAAAUUAGAGUUAAGUAAUUCAAUUUUAUUAUAUACUUUUACAAAAUAAAUACUCAGUAUAAACCUACUAUGAAUAUCUGGGAAAUAGUGAAAUGGAACAAGAUUUUUGAUAAAAUAUUUUAUGGUACAAAUUUUAGAACAAUGGUAUUUAAAAUAUUCAAAUAUUUAAAGAUUUUUAUAAAUAUAAUGUUUUCCUCAAUUCUACUUAUACUAGUGGGUUUAAUUUGAUUUAAUUAAGCUAUCAAUGUUUGUACUAAUUAUUGUAUGUAAUAUGAUUGUUUAAAAUGUCAGCAUUAUUAAAAGUGUCAUGGAUUAUAUAUAUAUAUAUAUAUAUAUAUAUUCCAUGACACUUAAUUCUUAAUAAAUUGAUUAUAUAAUUUAUCUUUCUUUAUUUGUAGUUUGUUGCAAUGAUUAAAUUAGUAUUGAUUUUAAA